AUGGGUCUAAUGUCUGUGUUGUGUGUCAAGACAGAAAUGAAAGCUAAUAAGGAUGUGUUUCAUGAUGUACAAGGUUGUGAGCUUCUUGAGGGUGACUUUGGAACCGUUGGAUCUAAAAUUUGUUGGACGUAUAUCCUUGAUGGAGAAAAGAAGAUCUCCAAGCAAGUAAUUGAAACUAUAGAUCAUGAAAAUAAGGUGCUGACACUCAAAGAAUUUGAAGGUGAUCUAGUUGAUAAAUAUGAUAAUUGGAAGAUAACUCUUCAUAUCGAAACAAAAGGCGAAAUCGAUUUGGUAUGUUGGACAAUGGAGUAUGAAAGGCCAAAUGAGAAUGUCCCUGAACUUAUAAAUUUGCUGGACUUUAUUGUUGGUAUGUCCAAAGCUAUUGAUGAUCAUCAUGUCAAGAUGAAUUGAUGAGAUCAUAUAUUUGCAUGUGAGGUUUAUAUAAGUAAUUAAAUAGUUGUUUGUUUGUUGUUUGAGAUUAUGGUAAAAAAUAAUCCAUGUUUGAGAGUAAGUACGUUUUAUUUGGUUUUAUCUUGGGUAAUUUGAUGUUUGUUGUGUCUUUCUCAUGUGAGUGAUAUUUUAUCAACUAUGUAAUCUUUGUGUGGUGUAAUAAGACAUGGGUAUCAAGUUUAUAUAUUACUCCUA